AUGGCCAUCAGGCCCAAAUGGUCCCAUGAAGGAAUAAGCCAUGAACAAGGUCAGAAGGGCAAGAGCUGGGACCCCAGCGUCAGGAAGGGCAAGGCGCUGAUGGAGAAGAGUAAGCUUUCCACGGGAGUGGUCAACAUUCCCGCGGCGGAGUGCUUAGAUGAAUAUGAAGAUGAUGAAAUGGGGCAGAAUGAGAGAAAACGAGAAGAUGCAAUUACACAACCGAACACGGUGCAGAAUGAAGCUGUGAGUUUACUAGACCCAGGCAGUUCCUAUCUUCUCCAGGAGCCAUCUGGAACUGUUUCAGGCAGAUAUAAAAGUGCAACCACUGGUCCUGAAGGAGAGAUCGAGCACAGACAUCCCAGAACAGAAAGAAGUGGGUUCCGCAGAUACAACUGAGAUGCAAAUUUUUCAAGUAAUUUGAUCUCAAGCAGCUCAUUGGAAAAGAAAAUUGAAGAUCUUGAAAGGGAAGUAGUAAGAGAAAGGCAAGAAAAUUUAAGACUUGUAAGACUAAUGCAAGAUAAAGAGGAAAUGAUUGGAAAACUCAAGGAAGAAAUUGAUUUGUUAAAUAAAGAUCUAGAUGACACAGAAAAUGAAAAUGAAAAACUAAAGCAAGAGAAUAAAACCUUGAAAGUUGUUGAGCAGCUAACAAGGUAG